AAUACAUCUUCUGUAGGCACGUGACCGUGUAAAAAAUGGAUUGAGUAAGCUAUGGGAGACAAACAUCCUUGUUGACAAAAUGAAGGUAGAUCUGUCAGCCUUAGAACCCGUGCUUAAACAGAAAUCUAUUGAUGUCGAAGCUCUAAUGGAAAAACUGUCAGUAGACCAAGAAAAUGCAGAUCAGGUGCGACGAAUAGUAAAAGAAGAUGAGGCAAUUGCAAAAGUUAAAGCAGAGGAAACCCAGGCGAUUGCUGAUGAUGCCCAGAGAGAUCUUGAUGAAGCUAUGCCUGCCCUAGAAGCAGCCAAUAAAGCUCUUGACUCUUUGGAUAAAGCAGACAUAUCUGAAAUCAGAGUGUUUACUAACCCACCAGAUUUGGUCAUGACAGUC